CACGGCCGUUCUUAGUGGUAAAGAUGGCGUCGAGGGCACCAGCAGCGACUGGCAGGCUACUGCUUGGAUUCCGCAAAUGGUAUUACAACUUGUGUGGCUUCAACAAGCUUGGUUUAAUGCGCGAUGACACAAUCUAUGAGGAUUCAGAUGUGAAAGAAGCCCUGAGGAGGCUUCCAGAGAACCUGUACAACGACAGGAUGUUCAGGAUCAAGAGAGCCCUGGAUCUGUCCAUGAAGCAGCAGAUCCUCCCUAAAGACCAGUGGACAAAAUAUGAAGAGGAUGCCAGCUACCUGUCACCAUAUCUGAAUGAGGUGGUCCGUGAGAGGAAAGAAAAAGAGGAGUGGACGAAGAAAUAGACGGUCUCUAUUCAAAGCUGUUAAUCCUAGUCUUCAGUCGGUGCAUGGUUGUCCCCCGUGUAAUAUUUAAAAUGAAAUGUAACCUAUAUAAGACACUGCUCAUUAAAGAAAUGUACAUUUUGGAAGAUU